CCCUCUGCUGCAAGUCGUGGUGCACUUUAGAGGCACCUGAGCCAGUGGCAAGUGGACUAAUUCAGUUGUUUUGCUUCUCAGCAGUCUACUAUGAGGAUAGGGAGGAUAGACUGUGCUCUCUUUUCAUCACAUCACUGGGAAGACGCAGGUGAUAGCAGAGUGAAAACAGAAGAAAGUACCAGCUUAAAUAAUUCACCACUCUACGAGUAUCUGCAGGAUUUGGGACACACUGAUUUUGAAGUAUGUUCACCUGUGUCACAGAAGGCAAAGCAAUGUGCAGUAGAGGAAGGCCAGAGAGAGAGGACUGUGCACACUGCCCAGAAACAAAGCAUCCUGUCAAAACUAGUUGAGUUCUUCAGAAGUUGGUUUCCCUUUCCACAAUAUAAGAAAAACGAUGACAUACUGCACCGAUUGGAUGUUGGAUUUCGAUUUGACACGCUCCGUACCAUCCUGCAACAGGAAGUUCUGCUGCAGGAGGAUGUGGAACUGAUUGAGUUCCUUGACCCGAGUAUCCUGUCUGCAGGGCAGUGUAAGCAACAGGAAAAUGGACAGCUUCCAACACUACGCUCCCUAGCAACUCCUAAUAUUUGGGAUAUCUCACUCUUGCUUGCCUUUGUAAGUGCCCUGCUUAUGCUUCCUUCAUGGUGGAAGGAGUCAUCGUGGCUACCGUGGGGACUGGUUCUGCUUGUGUAUGCAGUCUUUCGAGUGUGGGCCACAUGGAGGACAGCCAAGCUACAAAUGUCCCUGCAAAAAUACUGUACCCAGCUGGAAGAAACAGUAGCAAAUAGUCGAGCUUUUACUAAUCUUGUGAGGAAAGCUCUACGGCUCAUUCAAGAGACUGAAGUAAUUUCCAGAGGAUUUACCCUUUUGCUUGACAGGGUCAGUGCCGCUUGCCCACUUAAUAAAGCUGGACAGCAUCCUAGUCAGCAUCUUAUUGGCCUCCGGAAAGCCGUCUACCGGUCUGUCAGAGCCAACUUCCGAGCUUCAAGACUGGCUACUCUGUACAUGCUGAAAAACUACCCUCUGAACUCUGAGAGCGACAACGUGACCAGCUACAUCUGUGUAGUCCCUUUUAAGGACCUGGGACUGGGACUGAGUGAAGAGCAGGUAUCUGAGGAGGAGGCACACAAUCUCACGGAUGGCUUCAGCUUGCCUGCACUCAAGGUUCUCUUUCAGCUAUGGGUAGGGCAGAGUUCGGAGUUCUUCAGGAGACUGGUACUGCUCCUCUCCCCAGCCAAUGCAUCCCCCAAGCCCUUGAUCUCCCCUGAACGGUUGCCUCAUCAUAUCUUGUGUGAUGUGACUCAAGGCCUACCUCAUACACAUGCUGCCUGCUUAGAGGAGCUCAAGAGAAGCUACGAGUUUUAUCGGUACUUUGAAACUCAGCAUCAGUCAGGUUUUGAACGACCGACCAGAACAAAACAGAAGUCAAGAGAGUUGAACAGCCUUCAAACAGCAGUACGCAGUCUGCAGCUUCAUCUCAAGGCACUGCUGAAUGAGGUAAUAAUUCUUGAGGAUGAACUUGAAAAACUUGUUAGCACUAAGGAGACACCUGAAUUAACAACAGAAGCGCACCAGGUUCUGGAACAAAAACUAAAGUUUAUUCAGCCUCAUAUGCAGGCAAGCAACAGCUGCUGGGAAGAAGCCAUUUCUCAGGUGGAGAAAAUGGGUGGAAGAAACCCAAAUAAAAAAGGCAAGCUUGAAGCUUCCUGUGAUAACCUACAGCAUACUUCAGUACCUUUAAUACAGCCUACUGUGUACAUAGAAGACAGAGAUCCCAUCCCUGAAGAACAGGAAUUGGAAGCCUAUGUUGAUUAUUCUGAUAUGGACAAUGAAUAUAAUAGGGAAGCUUUUGACUGCUUUUCCCAGGAAGAGAGAGAGAGACAAAAACGAGAGAGAGAGGAAUCUAAAAGGGUGUUACAAGAAUUGAAAUCUGUACUGGGAUUUAAAGCUUCAGAAGCAGAAAGGCAGAAAUGGAAACAACUCCUAUUCAGUGACCAUGCUGCAGUGAAACCCUUGUCUCCUGUAGAGUCAUUGAAGCUCCUAAAUAGUUUGGAAUCACACAUGAAUUCAAAUACAGAAAAGCAGGACUGCAGCCAAAGUUGUGAUAAAUCUGAAGAAAGCGACUCUAAUUCAGAAGUGAAUGCUGCUGAUAAAAGCAGGACAGAAUAUUUGUAUGAAGGUCCUGAGAUGGAGAGAAACAAAGACAGUCCUACUGAAGAAGGUGUUUCUACAGAGGCUGAAGAGACAGUGUGCUAUCAGUAUGAAGGGGAUGUUGAAGAUCUCAAGCCAAGUGAUACGGAUAGAGUUUCACAGCCUCCCUCUGUGGAUGCACUGCAUUCAAAAAUUAAGCAGAGGCUGGCUCAGCUUCACAUAUCAACAGAUUUUAACUUCACAUCCGGUCUGGCUGCACAAGCUGCUGCCAGGUCUUUCUCUUUUACUACAAUGCAGGAACAGACUUUUGGAGAUGAUGAUGAGGAUGAAGAGGAGGAGAAGGAGGAAGGGAAGGAGCAAGAACAUGAAGACCUGAUGGAAGAUUUUAGGUAUGAAGGUGGUGGCUCUGAGAGUGAAGGAGAAGUACAAGCCUGAUCUGAACUUUUAAAAACCAACAACAGACAAUUUGGUAGGAAAAAAGAAAAACAAAAAAACUAACGUGGGGGUCUGAAGUUAAAAAUGCUGAAUGGAGAAAAAGAAAAAUAAAAUUAAAAAAAAAAAAAUUGGGAGACCUAAAUGUAAUAUGUCUUGUUCCCUAAGUCUGAGACACUAAAUGGGACUUCUGAGUAUGUGGAAAAUUUGCAGGUAAGACAACUUCAAGCUGCAACCACUAAGCAGUCGGCUGUUGCCUUUUUAAGAUCUUAGUGAUGAGUUUUGGAAUUACCUUCGUGUUUUCUGGUUUAUUUAUUUAUAUCAUGAAGUGCUGUUGUUGUUUUUCUAAAAAGAAUGAAAAACAAUGUAUUGAAUUACAUCAGACUGUCUUCUGCUUUCUGAUUUUGUUGUCUUGAAAUCAAACGUUAGUUCCAAUAGAAAAAAAAACAAAACAGGGCAUUUGUUUUGGAAGAAUCUGAACUGUUCCCUGUGAUCUUCCUCCACCACUGCUCGUGUCCACAGUGAGUUGGCUGAGCCACCGUAGACACUGGUGAAUCUGUGGCUUGUGAUGCUCCUGGCUAAAACAGAGUCUUAAGUAAAAACUUGAAAGGUCUUGUAUUUUAUGUGUCCUGGGGCAUGGGAAUGAAAUGCAUGAAGUUGGUCGUACUUCAUGUUAAGGUUUAUAUAGAAUUUUAUGAAAGGUUAAUAAAUGAUUCAUAAAUGUUGUAAUUCAUGUUAGAGAAAUGUGUAGCACGCGUUAGGGAGGGUUUUGAGCUAAUCAAUAUAAGGUACUAUAGACGAGUAGAAGCAAUUUGUUGGGUUGAUAAUAGGUGAGAAUUAAAUAGCUAUUUAGUAAAGCUAUUACUCCUUUGUUAACCUUUUAUAAAUUGAGCCUUAAUAUGUUUGAUUUGUAUAUUACUGUUUGUCCAGAAGCAUCGGACAACUUAUACAGUAUUUUCCUUAAAUGAUGUAUUUGCUUUUCCCUGAUGUUCUUUCAUUUUUCUCUUAGAGAACGACUGUAAUCUCUGUGAUUAAGAUCCAUGAUAGAACAAGAAUUACCUGUUUUCUAAGGUCUAUCUUAUAAUUUAGUUGACAUCUAAGCAUCGCUGUCCACUUACAUGUUGUGCUAAGGGAUGUGGUUUAGUGGAGAGGUAUUGGUGGUACAUGGAUGGUUGGACUUGGAUGAUCUUGGAGGUCUUUUCCAGCCUUGGUGAUUCUAUCUGAGAUUAUGUAUGUUGUUUUUUCUGCAGUGGUGUUAGGAAAAGCAGCAAGCUGGUGUGGCAAUGGUCACCUCACCGAGGAGCUGGUUAAUGGUUUUCCUGCCUUCUCUUCCUUUUGCUCUCAGAUACAAAAUGAAGCGAAGGACUCAUGUUUCUGAUGGUGAGAGAACAGCCUCUUAGUGUGGAUGUGGAUAAACUUGCAGUCACAGAAUGCCUCAGCAGUUACUUAUUAACUGUCUCUUAAGGCUUGCUGAUUUUUUUAGAAUAGAGGGUGUGGAGAUGCCAGUGGUUCAGAGCAGUAUCUUUCCCUGGGUGCUGUCUUGAGAAGUGGGGAAGCUAACGAAGGUUAGCAGGUUAGGAUGGGACUCUUGAUCAUAUGUCAGGAAAUGUGCUUUCUUUCAACCACACUCUCCAUCUGCUAGUAAUUUUGUGUGAUUGCUGCAAGUAUGUACAUUUUAUCCACAGUUCUUAUAGAGUUGAAUAUCAAUUUAUAGAGAAGGCUGUAUGUGAUUUAAGCUAUUCUUUCACAAUAUAAUGUCUGUUUUCUCCCUCACAGACAAAAAAAGAAUGUUUUGACGUACUUCACUAACCAGUAACACUGGAUUUUGUAUUCCUAAUUAUGUGCAACUGGAAGCUGAGUGGAGUUGAUGGGUGACUGGAAGUGGGAAUGGGAUUAGGGAAGAUGCUUCUCAAAGUACAUCCAGAAGCCAAGCCUCCUCUAAGUGGCAGGAUGUAUUCUUCUCUAGGCCCAUAAAGGUUACAAUAAGUUGAUGAAAGACUAUUUUAUUUUCUCUGUGGUAAGCAAUCGAGUCUAGAACAACUGUUUUGGAUAAGUGGUGUUUGAAGCAAUGCCCAUGCUUCUGAAAAAUAAGUCUUCCUCAUCCUUGACUUGAGAUCCUUGAUCCUUCACUAAGUGCCCGGAUGUUUUUUGUUCCUAGCUGACUGUUCUGAUUGCCCAACUGUAUGUUCCAUUAAUGCUUUCCCACAAGGUCACCUACCAAUAUCUUAUUAUCUGGUACUGUGUAUCCCAAAACUGAUUCUUUUUUCACCUAAACUUAGUUCACAGUGUAGAUGGCUGUGAUACCAACCUGGAAAAAUAAUAAAAUUUAGAAUAUGAGUUAUAACUCUUUUCACAGUUUUGGGUGAAAUCAGUAGGCACAUGAGUUCUUUGCAGUGCUACUAAAAUAGAUUUAAGAUUUUACAUCUGUAAGAGAUGCUAGUUCUUCAUUCCUUUGCUGCAGUCCUUAGCAAAAGAAGGAAAACAGACCUUGCCAGCUCAUUUGGGACCUAGCUUAAAAAUAUGCUGGUCUUGGUAAUAAAACUGGCCUCCUAAGAAACCCCAUCUGCCAUUAGUUGUUCACUUUCACCCAUCAAAUGGGUUCAACACAAGUUUUUGUGCCAUUGUUAUUAAUCAGCCUACUUAGUCAACCUGGUCCAAAAAAACAAACCUUUUUAGAGUUCACUUUUACGUCUCUUAUUCCAAUGAUGCAAUUUACAGCACUGACCCCCAAACUGCUGUAUUGGCAUAUACUGUGUUACUUGCAAGAGGCUCAGGAUUGUUCACAUUUAUGUUACUGGCAGAGACUAUGUACUGUGAAAUUACACUUCAAUGUUAGAGAUGAGUAUGCUGAAAGUAUUGCCUUUUGGAGCAACCUCUGAUUUCUACUUGGAUGGAUAUAUUUUCUGCAAGAAAAUUAAUUGAUUUGUACUCUUACUUAGUACAGUCUUAGAAGUUGUAUAAAUGAACGUCUGUGCUCACUUGCUUUCUCUCCCCAUAAUCGCAUUAUAUGUAACUGCCAUCAGGUCAUUUAUUUUAAUUUACUGAAUAUACUCCCUGCACAAAAAUUUGGCUAACAGUCUACAGCUUGCAAAGCAUAGCUUCCUUUUAUUUCAUAACUAGGUUCUGUCUACAUAUAGUCUGUUACGAUCCAGAGUCCCUUAUGAUAAUGUCAUCUGGCAGGACUGUGUGUACAUGCUGUAGAUUCCUUUAAGAACCUGACAUUCUUUUUCUGCAUUUAAAAUAAUGUGUAAACACACUGAACCAGGUAUUAGAGCUAAAGAGUUGUGUUAAUAUAUUGAGCGUGUCAGGGUCUAAGUGCUGUUCCGUGUUCUUUGGCUCAUGAGCGUAGGUAGGGAUUUUUGUAAAAACAGAACAUUUACUUCUUAGUGCUUUGUAACUUUUUGAAAUACGUUAAUCAGGAAAUCCACACUAAGUAAUGAAGCAAGCCAAAGGGUAUCGCAGCCAAAAUUCUUUGUGAAGAGCAGAGCUAACAAUAACUGUAUUCCAUUCCCAGUUAAGAGCUCUGUGAAGUUGGAAAGAAACAAGCAAUGACAUAGAAUUAAAUAAUUUCUUUUCUUCCUAUCUAUCUGGAAAGCAUUCCAAAGAUGGUAUUUGCUUCUUAGGUUGGAUUUCAAUCUACGAUUACAUCUUUGCUGUAGCAUAACUUUACAGCUAAAGAUACAGGUAGGAGGUAAAGACUUAAAUGGGGACAAAGAUCUAUAACAAAGACAGCAGUGGUUCUUUUUUUUUUAGUGUAUGUCUUCGUGACAUAUAAGUAACACUGAUGUAAUGGCAACAUAUAUUGAGAAUUACAGACAAUACAGACUCUUUCAGAUGGAGUGGAAUGUGCCUGUGUCAAUUGUAAGCAAGACUGGCUAACAUGAGAGGUCUUCUGGUUGCACUAACAAGGCAGUUUUACUGCUGACAGAGGGUUUCUAGAUAUCACUGAGCCUUGCAUUUUGUUACAAAACCUCAAGACGACAUUUGGAAGGGUGGCCAUUUUUAAUGACAUUUCAGACUUUGCCCUGAAUGCAUUUAUGUUUACAGCACUGGAAAUUUUAUGUGCAUCUGAACUGCAGAAUUUGCAAUCGUCUUACUAAUCUCUCUGCUCAUUUAAAAAAUAAGAAUAAACGGUGGACUAUGUAGAGUUGGUGGCCUACACUGAA